UCUGCUGACCCACCAACUUUGGCCCGCCUUUCAUUCUCCUUCCAAUCCCUUUAAAUAAAGCCUUGCAAUCUUUUAAAACUUGUAUCAGACCUGAAGAAAACAGUGCACAUUUGCAAACUGAAAGCAAGGAUAUUUUUACUGCAGAAAUUAACCAGUCAUGUUUUGGAAAAGCACACUUGUGACUACUUUGAUUCUUCAUCUAAUUUCAUUGGGAGUUGGACAGAAAUUUUACCCUGAGGUGCUGCUGGAAUCAAACUUCCCUCCAGCCAGACCUUCGAUUUACAAUCUCAAGGCGAUCUGUCGUUAUGGCAAUGGCCGCCCCAGAUACCCUGACUCCAGUUUCCCUUCAUCCAGUUACGCUUACGCUCGUCGUGCUGGAAAGGCAGUAAACAGACUAGAGGCAUGGUUCAGUCGGUGCUGCUAUGGAGGUUUAGCCCAUGGAAAUGGACAGAUCCUUUGCUGUGCGAAACAGGCAUGGGAAACUGCUUUGUCCCUUUUCUGUAUUGAAGAGUACUCCACCAUGACCUUGGUCCAUGAGUGCUGUGAAAAGAAGAACGAAGAAAGGUGGAACUGCUUUCAAAAAAAUGCUGCUAACCCCUUCUACCAACCCCUCUCUGGUUACAGGGCCCCCAUAAUAUCACCUGAUAGGAUUUUCAGCUGGGACCCCAACACCUGUUAAAGGUCAAGAUGCUAAAUGACAACCUGAGCAUUUUUAUUUGAUUUAGCAGCACAAAACCUGUGUCAAUUAAUCAACUGUGAAGAGUCAGAAUAUAACAUGAUUUUCAAGUAAAUUAAACAUGCACAGUGUAGAAGAGCUGGCAUACAACCCUGUGCAUCAAUUUAUUUAUCUUCACAUGUAUUAUUGCAUACAGAAAACAAUGUGCAGCAGCUUGCUAUCACUCAAUGUAUUUCCAAAGUUGUAAAAAGAUUCAAAUAAAUCUGAAGCCUUUUCAUUGUUUAACCUUGA